GCACGCAGCAUAAACCUUCUCUUUCUUCAGUUUAAUACCACCGAUCGUUAUGCCGGUCGGUAGUACCGUUACUGAUUCAAGCGAUUCGUACACCGGGAUCGUUUUAACGGCUUGCUGCGUUUCAAAGUUCCACAGGAUGAGAAUUUUAUCCCUGCCGGACGAAACGAUGUGCGUGCGGUCCUGCGAAAACGAUACACCGGUCACACGCGAAAAGUGUCCUUCGAAGGUUUUGAUCAGCUUGCGCGUCUCGUAGUUCCAGGCGCGUAUCUUCGUAUCGUCACCGACUGCCACCAAGAUUUUGCUGUCCACGUCCGGGUGAAACACUAUCACGUUUAUCAUUCCUUCGCAACCGCGUACCGUUCCGUGGCAAACCUGCUCGUUCGGAUCCCAAAGGCGGAUGGUCGAAUCGGUACCGCCGCUCGCAAUCACACUGUCCGAUGGAUUAAACACCAACCGUGAGAUUGGACCCUGGUGCAUGGUUUUCCACAUCUUCUGUACGGUGUGUGUUUCGCCAUCCCAAAGCUUCAGCAAACCGGACCGAUGGCCGGAUACGAUGCUCGUUCCCAUGUUGCUGAUCGCGAAGGUGAAGAUGACAUCUUCGGCGAUUUCGCUAUCCGUUUGCUCUUCACCGAGUGUGAUUGGUUUGUGCAGAUUGUCGAUCGAUACUAUGCUUAUGGUGCCUUGGUUUUGGCACAGAAAUUGCUGCCCAUCUGGCUUCCACGCUACUGUGCCACCGGUGUAGAAGGCUUUGUACUGUUGUUUGAGCUCGUACCUGCAAUCCAAUGAUGGUCAAUACAAUGAAUAGUUGUCAUCUGCAAACUCAUCCAUUACUUACACUUCUUUUAGCUUCACUUUUGUAUUCAUUUUGAACAGUUUUUCUAAUAAAACUUUCAAAUUAUUGUCGCGGAAAACACUGCGCACGUGUUUUGAAGCUCGGUUUGUUGUGACUUCUUGUUAGCGAGCGGGAUUUGACAGUUGUUUGUUUACAUCCCCUAUACGAGGGCAGCUCUAGUACUGCACCACGCGCGCGUAGCUGUCAAAGCUCCGACUUGGUGUGCGAUUUUUUGCGGUGAUCUUUUUCCCUAAUUUACUCGAUUAAGCGAGUAGAAACUUAGUACAGAAUAGAAGUCUAGUUUUCUGAUUCGAUUUCCAAAGAUGUUACGAACAGCACGCAUCCUCCAGAGCGUGUGCUAUAGGAAUGGCUGUGUUAUAUCAUCAUCACCGGUCCUCCGGCAACCAGCCUUCUUCACGCAACAAAACAUCAACAGACCCUUACUCAGUGGGUUGGUGAAACAUUGUUCCACAAAAUCGGCACUGACCAGCACGGAACCGCUUGCAGCAUCAAAGAAGGAAAAUGAGGCGCAAGCUACGAAUUGGAACACAAUUUACCACUUCCCGUCGAUCAUGCUUACCGCGUCGCUGAAAAGGCUCAAAUAUUACCCGAUGGUUUUCACCGGCAUAUCCGUCCCAAUAUCGAUGGGGCUGGCGUACUUUGACAUUUGGUCUAUGACCACGGCAGAAAUUGUAGGAGCAAUCGGUUUUACCACAACGCUGACCUUCUCGCUGUUCGGAUUGAUAACCGAUAACCUAAUUGGUUUCGUGUACUGCGAUGAACGACUGAGCAAGGUGAAGAUCUCGUUUCUGGACGGGAAAGGAAAGCGACAAAACCGGAUUUAUUCCGUGGACGAUCUGGUGCCCCGAACGGAACUGCCCAAGUCGUUCCUGAAGCUUUACUUUCCGGUCAAGAAUCACGAAAACGGCGAUGUGUACAAGCUCGUGCAUCAGUACGGAGAAAUCUACGACGUGCAUGCGUUUAACAAAAUAUUUGGCCAUGAAGUUGUUAACAAGUAGGAAGCAUUCAGAGCAAGAAUAGAGCAAGAAUAAAAUAUGUAUUGUUUGUAAUUUAUUGAAACGAA